GCUCGCUGCUGCCCUCCAUGCCUUGGCGGAGGGAUUGCUCCUGAAGCAGGACUAUGGCCAGGCCGUGGACACGGCGGAGGAGGCCCUGCAGGUUUCCGGCCUGGAUCCACAGCUCCAGGCGCACCUGUCCUCCGUGUCUGCGUACGGCAGGCUGGCCUGGUCUCAGGCGAAGAAGAAGGGGCUACGGGCCAACCCCAAGCAGCUCCUGCAGAAAGCCAAGGCAGCCAGCGACUUCCUCCUGGCCUCUGGGGACAGGCGAUUUGAAGCCGAGGCGAAGUUCUUGAUGGCCAAAGCCCACCUCAAGGCGGACAAUGUGGAGACUGCAAGCAAGGAGGCCAUGAGUGCUUAUGACCUCUAUGCCACCUUGAGAGAUGGGCAGGGCCUGGGCUGGACUGGGCUCCUCUAUUCCUCCUGCCUCCUGAGGUCUCCUGCCAAGAUGAUGACCAGCGGCAUGACAAGCAUCACCUCGAAGGAGGUGGAGAUGCCCCAGUAUGACGGAGCCUUGCAGGCGGCAUUGGUGGCACACAGCACCUUCAGGCGAUGUGGUGACGAGGAGGGUGUGGAAGCUGCGCUCAAGGCAAUCCACGACAUCCGCUGCUCAAUGGGAGGAGGUGCCUCGUCCGGGGAAUUACCAAAGGAUGUGCCCCGACCGAGGCCAAUGCCACCCGCAUUCUCCUCAGCAGCGCCAGCGAUCGUGAACCCCUAUCAUGAACUGGUGGGCGGCCGCCAUGUUCC